AUGGCCUUGGAGACGGUGCCAAAGGACCUGCGGCAUCUGCGGGCUUGUUUGCUGUGUUCGCUGGUCAAGACCAUAGAUCAGUUUGAAUAUGAUGGCUGUGACAAUUGUGAUGCAUACCUACAGAGGAAGGGUAACCCAGAGAUGGUAUAUGACUGCACCAGCUCUUCCUUUGAUGGAAUCAUUGUAAUGAUGAGUCCAGAGGACAGCUGAGUCUCCAAGUGGCAGUGAGUCAGUAACUUUAAGCCAGGUGUGUAUGCUGUGUCAGUCACGGGUUGCCUGCCCCAAGGAAUUGUACGAGAGCUAAAGAGUCAAGGAGUGGCCUACAAAUCCAGAGACACGGCUAUAAAGACGUAGCAAGAUGCAGGGCUGCCAGCAUCUUUGCUCCCCACUACCUGCCUGUUUUUUGCUUGUGGAACUAAACAGGC